UUCCACCCAAGCUUUCAAACCAGAUGUUUGAAACGCAUGAAGUGCAGUAGCCUACGCGCAGGCGUUCAGACGCCGCUACACACGGGCUACGUCGCGUAUUCGCAUUGUCAAUAUUGAAAUCGGAUGAGUAAAAGGCGUCGCUUGACUUGUUAGUAGGCUAGUUUUUCAAAUUGCCGAUACAUUGGAAAGAAAUCUUUGGAUAACUUGGCUGUUUUUGAAGAGAAACGUAAUGUUUUAUUUAGUAAAAAAUCGAUGAAUCUGUUUUUAAAGAUGUCUCAUACUUUGUUAAACAGACAUCAACAGGUGGCUAUCUAACCGAAACUUCUUAAGUCGGUAAGGGGCGCAUUUUCCCUAUGGCUAAUCAUGACAGAAAUAAGAAGAUAUUGUUGGACUUGGUGAAAAAACCUGAUAACAGCCGUUGCGCCGACUGUGAAGCUCCGGACCCGGACUGGGCGUCUUACAAACUGGGCACCUUUGUGUGUCUCACCUGCACCGGAACACACCGGAACCUCUCCAACAUCAGCCGCAUCAAAUCCAUACACCUGGACUUCUGGGAUGAUGAGCUGGUAGAGUUCAUGAGAGCCAAUGGAAACGCCUCCGCGAGAGCAUUUUACGAAAUGGCCGUCCCUCCUUUCUACUAUCGCCCGCGGCAACAGGACUGCGCGGUCCUACGGGAACAGUGGAUCAGAGCCAAAUAUGAAAGGCAGGAAUUCACCAGUCAAGGCAAGCACCUUCAGCAGGCCUAUAGCUCAGGCCUGUAUGAGGGGUCCCUGUGGAAGAAAGGAAGGGACAACGGACACUAUCUGAAGAGGAGAUUUGUUCUGUCUGAGAAGGAUUUCACACUCAGAUACUUCACCACUGACAGUCAAACCAAAGGCCCCAAAGCAGUCAUCGCGGUGAAGACCCUGAACGCCACCUUCCAGCCGGAGAAGAUCGGCCACCCGCACGGCCUCCAGCUGACCUACCUGUGUGAAGACCACACCCGGAAUCUGUUUGUGUACCAUGACGACGCCCAGGAGAUCGUGAACUGGUUCAGUGCAAUUCGAGCGAUCCGUUUGGCCUACCUGAAGACGGCGUUCCCCAUGGCCAGCGACAGUGAACUGUUGCCCUGGAUAACCAGGAAUUACCUGAAAGAGGGUUACAUGGAGAAGACUGGUCCACUGCAACGAGAGCCGUUCAAGAAGAGGUGGUUUGUGCUCGACGCUGCGGACAGGAAGUUGCUCUAUUUUAAAACUCAGCUGGACGCGGUGGAGCUGGGCGCGGUGUUCAUCGGCCCGGAGAGCCAGGGCUACUCCACGGGGGAGUGCGAGCCGAGGGGCACCCGCGGCAACAAGUGGAAGUUCGGCAUCAUCGUGGAGACGCCAGACCGGCAGUUUGUCUUCAUGUGCGAGCAGGAGCGCGAGCAGAAGGAGUGGGUGGCGGCCUUCUGCCAGGUCAUCUCCCGGCCUAUGCUCCCACAGGACUACACCAGUAAGCCCCACCCACUGCCCCCCAGGACUACACCACUGAGGUGAACUUGAGGAGGCGAAGAUGACUGCAGGAGACUCCUCACGCGGAGGAGACAUGAGCCCAGAGACUCCUCACACAGUUGAGACUGGAGCCCAGAGACUCCUCACGCGGAGGAGUCUGGAAUGCGCACAGCCAGCCAAACGACUCCGGACAGGGUGACGACCUCAAGGUCUGGAGGCGAACCACGGGAGCAAGAUGAACAGGUUCCCACGGUUACGGCCUGCUCCUUGGCAUGAACGGGAGACCAGCCUUAAUAUCACCCACCUGCUGAUCACUGAUAAUGGACUUCAGAACUUCGUUUCCUGGACCUUUACCUCUGGACACCUGGCUACAGUAUUAAAAGAAGUCUUUAAGGGAUCUGUACAUGUUGCAAAUCUGCAUUAGCUUUCAAUAUGGCGGGUGCUGUUGGCUGUUAACUUUGGAGGCUACAAAGAUUAGGUGAACGACAAUCUAGAUCUGACAUAAAAUUUUAAAUAAUUUAUUUGGGGGGUGGGGAGGGGCCACACCAGUGCAUGGGAGCCUGUCGUUCAGAACUGGUUCUGACUGCCCAAAUAAGGAACUGGUCUUCAAAAACACAGCGAUUUUAGUGACAGGCAAAUGAAGUUUGCUGAAAAAUAUAUUACGACAUGCUUCCUUUCUGACACGCUGCAUGCAGAACAUCCUACUGAAAAAGUUAGUUUGACACCAAGAGGUUAGAUGCGUUCCUCUUUCGCAAGAAAAUUAAAACUGUGGAUUGUUCCGCCAGAUUGAAAGUUUGUG